AUGUCUACUGGUUUGGCAUCAUGGAGUUUCGGGAGCAGAAUGAGAUCAAUGGUAAUAUUUGGUGUAUUCUUGAGUCUUGUCCUUGUUUAUGGGUUCGCAUAUCGUUUGAACCAUGACGAAGUCCAACCAAAACUUAAACCCCUCGACGCCGGGCCUAUUACAAUUGUUCAAAUAAAAACGAUAGAACAAACAGUGACACAUACCAGUACAUCAAUUUCUGUUUCAACAAAAACUGAAUACGUUUCACCAACCUCUACUCUCGAUCCCACAAAACUAGCAUUUAUGGUUGAGACUCGCCCGCUACCACAUUUACCUCUUCAGCUCACACACAUGACGAGCGUCAUUCCGCAAGAGUGGACCUUUAAAUUCAUGGGUAGCAACGCUUCCAUCAAUUAUCUACUUGGUUUCCACCACUUGCGAGAUCUAGUAGCCUCAAACAAACUCACACUCAUUCCUCUCCCGUCCCACUGGGAUGUGUCAAGUCGUGAAUCCAUAUCUCAGAUGUUUACCGACCCUGAACUUUACAAAUCCCUCUCUCCAGCCGAACACCUUCUAGUCUUCCAACCCGACUCUAUAUUCUGCACCAAAGCACCCACUACUCUGAACGAUUUCAUCAAAUACGAUUAUAUAGGAGCGCCAUGGUCGUCAUAUUCUACCCAUGGAGGCAACGGUGGUCUUUCUCUCCGUCGCGUAUCAUCUAUACUCCGAUUAUUAGAAACAGAAAGACGCAAGCCCGGAGAUGGAGCACUUGAAGAUCUAUGGCUGAGUACCGGACUGAAUAAGCUGGAAGGAAGUAAAAUGGCAAAUGCAGCAGUGAGCAAGACUUUUAGUGUCGAAAGUGUUUGGGACGAAGCGCCACUGGGUUAUCAUAUCGGAUGGUUGGGGGUACACCAUGAACAGAUCUGGGAUAAGCCCGAAUACGUCUCCCAUAUAAUGAACUACUGUCCCGAGGUGAAAAUCAUCUUGGGUAUGAAACUAGAUAAUGACAAGCCUCAAGGCGUUUCCUAA